UGGGUCUCAGUGGUAAAGUACUUCUGUUUCCAACCAAGACUGCUACCAGCUUUGUUAAACUCACUCCUGAAAAGCCACUGAGUUUUUCAGCAUUCACACUCUGCAUGCGUGUCUCGACGGAGCUCCAGGGCCAGAGGCAGAUCAUUCUCUUCACUUACCGCACACCCGAGGUUGAUGAACUCAACGUGUGGAGAGAGAAAGAUGGUCGCGUGGCCUUGCGUAUUCAGUCUAGUGGUGAUGCAGCAUUUUUCCUUCUGCCUCCUCUCUCCACCUUCCAGACUCAUCUGUGUGUCACCUGGGACUCUGCGACUGGUCUCACUGCCUUCUGGGUGGAUGGACGUCGCAGUUUGUUCCAGAUCUAUAGAAAAGGUCUCUCAAUCCGUCCUGGCGGCACCGUCCUGCUUGGCCAAGACGCUGAUACAUAUUUGAGCACCUUUGAUGCGGAGCAGAGCUUUGUAGGAGAAAUUACUGAUGUGCAAAUGUGGGACUAU